ACGGGAGCGAGAUGAAGAAAAGCGAAAGAGAAAGAGAGACAGAAAAAAGAGAGAGAGAGAGUCUCCUCCUCUUCCUCAGCGUCUCCGCUGACAAGUGUGACAGCGUCAAACUCGCAGAGGGCAACGCCGGGGCGAGACGUGUUGUCAAGAGUUCCCCCCCUCCCUCCCCUCCCACCGAGGCGCGCCAUGGACCGGAGGCUCAACUUGAGCGGCGACAUCUUCCACAAAACUCUGAGCGCCGUGUCGGGCAAGAAGAUGCACGACCCGUACCGGGGCGGCGCGGAGCUACCCGCCCGCGAUCGCCAGUCCUCGCCGGGCAUCGGCUGCUUCGAACGGGGCGACUCGGACCCCAUGCAACCCGGAGGAUUGGCCGGGGUACGGGCGGCGGCUCUGAGUUUGCCCACCGGCUCACUGUGCAUCAAGUACGUCGAGAACGCGUCGGCGGCCGCGGCGGCGGCGGCGGCGGAGAGCAGCGGCGGCGAGCAGAGCCCGGACGACGACAGCGACGGCCGCUCGUGCAGCGACAUGCUGCUGCUGGGCGAGCGCAAAGGCAAAGCGGAGGGCGGCAAGAAGAGCAAAGAGCAGAAGAUGCUGCGGCUCAACAUCAACGCCCGCGAGCGGAGGCGCAUGCACGACUUGAACGACGCGCUGGACGAACUCCGCGGCGUCAUCCCGUACGCGCACAGCCCGUCCGUGCGUAAACUGUCCAAGAUCGCCACGCUGCUGCUGGCUAAGAACUACAUCCUCAUGCAGGCGCAAGCGCUGGAGGAGAUGCGCCGGCUGGUGGCUUACCUCAACCAGGGCCAGGCCAUCUCCGCCGCGGCCAUCCCGGGCACCACCGCGCUGGCCGCGCCGCCGCCCGGCCUGGGCGCUUACGAACCGCCGCCGCCACCCCCGCCGCCCGGGUACCCGGCCUUUCCCUCCAGCGCCGCCGGGGUGGCCGCCGCGUCCUCCUGCCCGGACAAGUGCGCCCUGUUCAACACGGCCGCAUCCAGCUUGUGCAAACAGUGCACUGACAAGCCUUAACCCGGCCCCGCCUGAGGUUAGAGACUCCAUACCGACACUUUUCUAACAUUUACAGUCAAUACUUGAUCGUGUACAUAAAGUCGUCCUCGAAGUGCUGGUGUGAAUGACUACAUUGGACUUCUCUACGUGGAGAUUUUUUUUUUUUAGGGGGGGAUUUUUGGAGGGGUCCUGACAACUUUUUACCCCACUUUUGAGGGGGAUCGAACCUGCCCCCCCCCCUAUUUGUUUGUUUUCUCGAUGCGGAAUGUCACAACAAUUGAGUCAUAUUUAUUCUGUUGCAGGGACACUGUGAAAACAAUUCCACGUGUCUUUUUUUUUUUGUGGUCAUGUAUUCUAUUGUCCAUUGCACACGCUGGUCUUUUCCAUUUGAUGUUAAUAGACGAGAUGGUUGUCAGGUCGAGCUGUGUCGAUAGACUCGAGUUAUUCUUUGAGCAGAAGGCCCGUUUGUUUGUAUUUGAGUG